GUGUAGCUCAGGGCCUGACUUGCUCAAUAAAUGUUGUUGAAAAUAUAUUUCAAAGUGCUAAGAGCUGCAUGGCCAGUGUGAUUGAGUGAGCUAUGUGCUGCCUGUUGAAUUGCUCUCUCGUUCUGAUUCUUUCUGGAAGCUUGGGCAGAGAGGACAAUGCAGUCAGACAAAGGAGCAGGUCUGCCAGACAAGAAGGACAUGAAGCGUUCUCCGGCAUCCUAUCCAGAGAAUGGUCCCUCCCAAAUCCUAAGACUUGUGCUGCAAGAGCUGAAUCUGUUCUACAGCCGGGAUGUGAAUGGAGUGUGCCUCCUGUACGACCUUCUCCACUCCCCAUGGCUGCAAGCCCUGCUAAAGGUUUAUGACUGCCUCCAAGAAUUUAAGGAAAGGAAACUUGUUCCUGCCACACCCCACGCACAGACGUUAUCCUUUGAGGUAGUGGAGAUAUUACAUGCAACCUCUAGUUCCCCUGAGAUUCAAGAGCUGAAACAAAUCCUCCAGGCUCCACACUUUAAGGCCUUGCUCAGUGCCCAUGACACUGUAGCUCAGAAAGAUUUUGAACCCCUUCUCCCUCCACUGUCAGACAACAUCCCCGAGAGUGAGGAAGCAAUGAAGAUCAUUUGCUUGGUGAAAAACCAACAGCCCCUGGGAGCUACCAUCAAGCGCCAUGAGAUGACAGGGGACAUCCUGGUGGCCAGAGUCAUUCACGGUGGGCUGGCUGAGAGGAGUGGGUUGUUAUAUGCGGGAGACAAACUCGUAGAAGUGAAUGGAGUUUCAGUUGAGGGACUGGACCCAGAGCAAGUGAUCCGUAUUCUGGCCAUGUCUCGUGGCACUGUCAUGUUCAAGGUGGUUCCAGUUUCUGAUCCUCCUGUUAAUAACCAGAAGAUGGUGUAUGUUCGUGCCAUGACCGAGUACUGGCCCCGGGAGGAUCCCACCAUCCCCUGCGCAGAUGCCGGGUUGCCUUUCCAGAAGGGGGACAUCCUCCAGAUCGUGGACCAGAAUGAUGCCCUCUGGUGGCAGGCCUGGAAAAUCUCAGACCUUGAUACCUGUGCUGGCCUAAUCCCUUCUAACCACCUUCUGAAGAGGAAGCAACGAGAGUUCUGGUGGUCUCAGGCGUACCCACCUCACACCCAGCUCAAAUCAACCAUCUCGAUUUCUAUGGAAGAAGAAGAUGACAUGAAGAUUGAUGAGAAAUGUGUGGAAGCAGAUGAAGAAACAUUUGAAUCUGAGGAACUUUCAGAAGACAAGGAGGAAUUUGUUGGCUAUGGUCAGAAGUUCUUUAUCGCUGGUUUCCGCCGCAGCAUGCGCCUUGGCCGCAGGAAGUCUCACCUCAGCCAGCUGCGCGCCAGUGUGGGCUGCGCCAGCGGCUGCUACAAUCCGGUGGGUGCUGCUUAUGAGGAGGUGGUGAGGUACCAGCGACGCCCUUCCGACAAGCACCGCCUCAUAGUACUCGUGGGACCUUCUGGUGUUGGAGUAAAUGAACUGAGACGACAUCUUAUUGAACUUAAUCCUAACCAUUUUCAAAGUGCUGUGCCGCAUACUACUCGUUCCAAAAAGAGUUAUGAACUGGAUGGACGUGAGUAUCACUAUGUGUCAAAGGAAACAUUUGAAAGCCUCAUGUAUAGUCACAGGAUGCUCGAGUAUGGUGAGUACAAAGGCCACCUGUAUGGCACCAGUGUGGAUGCUGUUCAAGCUGUUCUUGAUGAAGGGAAGACCUGUGUCAUGGACUUAGAGCCUCAGAAUAUUCAAACAGCUCGAACCCAUGAACUGAAGCCCUAUUUCAUAUUUAUAAAGCCAUCUAACAUGAGUUGUAUGAAACAAUCUAGGAAAAAUGCCAAGAUCAUUACAGACUACUUUGUGGACAUGAAAUUCAAGGAUGAAGAUCUACAAGAGAUGGAGGAGUUAGCCCAAAAAAUGGAGACUCAGUUUGGCCAGUUUUUUGAUCAUGUGAUUGUUAAUGACAAUUUGCAAGAAGCAUGUGCCCAGUUGUUGUCUGCAGUUCAGAAGGCUCAGGAGGAGCCUCAGUGGGUACCAGCAACAUGGCUUUCCUCUGAUACUGAGUCUUAAGGGAGCCCUCUGCUUAAUAUUGCAGUUUUAGCAAUGUUCACCAGUUACAAAGUUCUGCAAUCUAAAACAGCAGUAUUUUCCCUCUUAAAAUGUAUGCAACUUAGUAAGUGCUGCAAAUCUUAUUUGAAAAAAAUAUAUUUGCAUUGUAUGGUUA